UGUCGAGCACAAAUGGCGGAUCGAAACGGAGACUGGGAUUUUCAUCUGAGGACCCUGUCGAGCAGCGCCAGGGACUCCAAUUUCGCCGGCGAUCCCGCCUCCGAUCCGUCUCUUCUUCACUCGGUGAAGAGGUUGUAUGAACUGUGUAAGACUGAGAACUCGGAAGAUCUCAUCGCGAGGGUGUAUCCCCAUAUUAAUAAGCUUUUUCAGCGGGCGGUGGCUUCCUUGUCUCAAUCCAGCACCUCUUACGGCCUUCUCUUGCUGGCGAUUCUUCAAUUCUUUCUUGACUUUGGGGAUGUGGUCCUUCACGAUGCUGAUACAAGUCUACGGACAUUCUUCAGAUCAUGCUUGAGCCGUGAAUUUGCUGAUCCGGUGGUUGCAGAAGCCACACUUGAUUUUCUUAUUUCGUACAAGAAGAAACUUCUGCAUGCUUUUCCUACAUUGCUUCCACAGUUUUUCCCACUGUUGCUGAAGUUGAUUGCCUGGAAUGGAGAGAAGUUGGAGAAAUCAUUCACAAAAAUUUUUCCUGGGUUGAUAGCCACCGGAUCUUUUCUUCCUCUAUUUCCAUCUUUAAUGGACCUACCAGUUUUGGUUGUGGCAUUAGAGAAGGUAGAACGAAGCUCUGGAUCUCUUAUUGGAAGCAGCAUAGCUUCAAUUCACAAGAGUGCGGCUCCUGAGAUGUUACUUGCUCUCAUGGAUGAAGCAUAUACUGGAUCAACCAUCGGAGAUGGAGGAGCAGAUUCUGAAUCUGAGGAUAACAACACGAUUGAUGUUGCUGACCCUCUUUUUCUCGACCUUCUGAAGGAUGAAAACGAUGGCCUUGCAGAACGUCAUUGGACUUCUCCAGGGAUGACAGCUGCACUACAGGCUGCAAUAAAUAACCCUCAAUCUGAGCGGCUGAAACAAGCAAUGCAUAUAGCUCCCAGGCUCCUCGAUGUUUAUUUUGCCAUAGCUCUACGUGAAGUAAAUGACUCUUUGAUCUGCGCAUUGAUUCCCCUGCUUAUGUCCAGAAUUUCCAAAAUAUUUCCGGACAAAACCUUCUCUUAUGAGGUUCAAAAGAGACUCUUGGGAUUCAUGCUUGCAGCAUUUCAGCGUUCUCCAAACUUUGUUGCUCUUCUGAAGAAACCUAUCAUGGAUAGGCUUGGAGAAGCUUAUGAUAGUCCUGCAAAGACAGAGUUGGCACUGCAACUGUGUUGGGCCAUUGGGGAGCAUGGAGGAGGAGGUGGAUCUCACAAAGAUGCGGCUCGUGAGCUUUUUGAGAGCUUAGAGCUACUCUUAUAUGAAAACCUUUCGUCCAGUCGUCUUGGGCUGAGGCAGGAUUUGACUGUUGAAUCCAAUCGCGACACAUCCAGGAAGUCAUCACAAGCAAGGCUGCUGUGUUUUGUGAUAACAGCAAUUGCAAAGCUUGCUACUUACCAUCGUGAGCUGCUUCCAAGGGCACGUGUGUCCUUAGGCAAGGUGGCACGAUCUCGAAUAUCAGAUGGUCGGGUUUGGAGGCGUGCACGAGAUUAUUUAGGUCUUAUGAGUGAGCCUGCAAUUUGUAUAUCUGUCUUGGGGCCCUCAGAGCCUUCAGAUGAACAUAGGCAGAGCCCUGGUGUGGUUAACUGGAGUGAAGGUUGCACAAUGAUGAAUACACAUGUUCCCUUUUACAUUUUAGGGGAACAAGAAGGUCCUCCUUUCCAUGAUUUUUCAUUUACCGACAUCCUUCCCAUCAGAUGAAGGUUGCGUGGUUUUUGCAGAAAGGCUUGUAAUUCUGAAGCUUUUGAAAUCAACAGUUCAGUUCAGUGAUCACUUGUUCUCUUCCAGAGGAUUGCAAAGCGUGUACUUCAGGGUCAGGUUUCGUUAUCAUCUGAUUUCCUGCUU